AUGAAUUUUUGGAUUCCUGGAGCAUCUGAUCCGGGAGUGGAUCGUGAGUAUGAAGACGAGGGUACUUACUUGGUAAACGAUACUCAAAACAGAGUGAGCAUAGAACAACAAGUAAGCAAUCAUUUCUGGUUUGCUAUCGACUCUAGAGAAAAGACCUGCCGAUUUAUCGCUACCGAAGGGAGAUUUUGUAUUUUCUUAUAUGCUGUUGAAACGAGCCAUGUCGUUAUUAUUCAGGGAGAAACUGGGUGCGGCAAAUCAACGCAGAUUCCUCAGUAUUUGCAAGAAUCUGGAUGGGCAGAUGGAAAUCGCUGUAUUGUGUGUACCCAGCCCCGAAGAAUUGCUGCAACGACGGUGGCAAAGCGUGUUGCCGAAGAGAAGCGGAGUGUGCUAGGAGAAACAGUGGGAUAUAGUGUCCAUUUCGAUUACAAUUUUAAUCGCAAUGGGAAAAUGACUCAAAUCAAAUAUAUGACAGACAAGGAGCUCCUGCGUGAAAUGACUCACAACCCCAUGCUAAAUAACUAUAGCGUGAUUAUGGUUGACGAAGUCCACGAGCGGACGAUUCAGAACGACGUGCUCCUCGGCCUUCUAAAGAAGAUCAUUCGAAAGCGGCAGGAUCUGCGAAUCAUCAUCUCGAGCGCAUCGCUGGAUGUGAAUCUGUACAAGCACUACUUCCAGGAUGUCGAAUACUCGCGUUCCCAUGAUCUCCUCAAGCCCUACACCAUUCUUACUGUUCAAGGACGUCAAUAUCCUGUUAACAUCUUUUAUGCUUCUUCUCCUGUAUCGAAUUAUGUGUACACGGCCGCUUCUACAGUGAUUAGCAUCCACAACUCGUCGAUUCGAGGCGAUAUUUUGGUGUUCCUCCCUGGAGAAGACGAGAUCGAAGCGUGCAAAGAGCGGCUUCUCGAGCAAAGCCAGUCUUGUCGUUUGCGCAACGGACAGCUCUGGGUUGUGACUCUCUAUCCAAAUCUCCCCUACGCAGAGCAGAAAAAAGUGUUCCGCGCGACUUCGCGAGGCUUUCGAAAAGUCAUUCUAGCGACGGGGAUGGCCGAAACAAGCCUCAGCAUCGACGGCGUGACGUGCGUCAUCGAUUCGGGCUUCGAAAUGAUUCAAAUUCAACAUCAACACGCAGGUCAUUCAGCCGAUCUCGCGAGUAGGCUUUUUUGUUUUCUUCAAGGCGCGCAGGCUUCGGCGGAGCAACGGGCUGGACGAGCCGGUCGCUUUACGCAGGGAUCCUGCUUUCGGUUGUACACCGAAGAGGGAUUCGCGUCUCUGAAGAAGCGAAGCGAUCCGGAAGUGAAGAGAUUGCUGCUCUGCGACACAAUCUUGCUAACACGACAGCUCGGCAUUCAGAACGUAUCUCUUCUCUUCCUCUCUCUUCACACCCAGCUGGACACGUUCGAUCUUCCCUCGGAGAUCAGCUCCUCUCGGUACAGCAUUUCGUGCCAGAUUCUCAACAUUCUCAACACGCUGGAUCUCCCCAGCUACACCAUCAAUCCUCGCGGAAUUCUCGUUUCGCAAAUCCCGGUCGACACGCAUCUCGGUUUUCUUCUUGAUUCUCUUGCCUCAUUCCCUAGCCUCGUUUCUCCUCUUUGCAUUGGAGUGUGGCUGUGUCGAAGAUGCGCUCACCAUCGCUGCGUUCUCCUCGGUGAGCCAUUUAUUCAAAGAAGAGCCGAAGGAUCAUGA